AGAAAUAGUAUUUAGGUGUAUCUGUUGCUGGAAAGAAGAAGGGAGGAGGUGCUGGGCUGGGGGGAGGAGGUGUUCACCAGCUGAGACAGAAGGCUGGCUUUUUCUGCUGCAGUCACAUGAAUGUAAGAUCAGAUUGCCUCUCAUACCGGCUCAAGCUGUCAGUGACUUUAGAGGCAGGAGGAGUUGGGAGAGCUUUGCUGCUCUGCUCUCCUGCUGCACAAGUAACAUUUACAAGAGCUCACACACAACUGCUGAUCUGGAUUGCUUGUAAAGCUGAACAUCAGCAGCUACAAUUCCUUCCUCUGCACUUAGAACUGGAUAUACCUAACCUGCUUUCUUGGAUUCAUCAUGACUUGGGUCAAUUUCAUGUGCUAACCUGAUCUGAUCCACAGGUUGAACACCAUUGACAAGUCAACCAUGGAAGUUCAGCGGGGCAAUUUAUAAAGCAGAGAUCUCCUUGCUGGUGGGUACCGGGACAAUGUUCACUUUGGAAGUACCUACCAACCAAGCCAUGUCUCAGACAGAAGUGGAUUUAGGUUGUUGUAUUUCCUUUGAUUCCGAAGACCCAGAGGAGCUGUCCUCCCUUGCAGCCUUAAGGAGAAGAAGACUCUCAGGCAAGGAAGGGGCUAGAAGGAACUCUUACCAGUUCAACAGAAGAAGCUCUGCUCAACUUGAACUUAUGGGGUAUGACCCACCAGGGACUUCUUUCUCCUCAUGGUCCCCAGAGGAGCCCUCAUCUCUAGAAGAAAAUGUAGAGCCCAUCAUUCAGAACUCUUCUAUCUCUACAAGCCUUCCACCACUCAUUACCCAACAAGAUGUCCUACCAUCUCCGGCCGCCCUGGCCAGUAUUGUGGACAUCAGUUCUGAGUCAGAAGAUGAAGCCAACAGCCACAAAAGUCCUUCAGUUCCCAUACAGAAACCCUUAAUGAUAGAAAGCAAGAGGGAGCAAGAAGAGAAUGAAGAGAAUGAGACCAAAGCUGUAGCCACUUCGCCAGAUGGGAGAUACUUGAAAUUUAACAUCGAGAUCGGAAGAGGGUCUUUUAAAACAGUUUACAAAGGUCUGGAUACUGAAACGACAGUGGAAGUGGCAUGGUGUGAACUUCAGACCAGAAAACUGACCAAAGCAGAGCGCCAGAGAUUCAGUGAAGAGGUGGAGAUGCUGAAAGGUCUGCAACAUCCGAACAUUGUCAGAUUUUAUGAUUCUUGGAAGACCUUGGUAAAGGGACAGAUCUGCAUUGUCCUGGUUACAGAGCUCAUGACAUCUGGAACUUUGAAGACCUACUUGAAGAGAUUCAAGGAGAUGAAACUAAAGGUACUGCAAAGGUGGAGUCGUCAAAUUUUAAAGGGCCUGCACUUUCUCCAUACCCGCUGCCCUCCCAUAAUACACCGUGACCUUAAAUGUGACAACAUCUUCAUCACGGGGCCCACUGGCUUUGUUAAAAUUGGGGAUCUGGGUCUGGCCACGUUAAAAAGUGCCUCCUUUGCAAAGAGUGUCAUAGGUACACCUGAGUUCAUGGCUCCAGAGAUGUAUGAGGAGAAGUACGACGAAGCAGUAGAUGUCUAUGCCUUUGGGAUGUGUAUGCUGGAGAUGGCCACUUCUGAAUAUCCAUACUCAGAAUGCCAGAAUGCUGCCCAAAUAUACCGCAAAGUGACCUCAGGCAUGAAGCCAGACAGCUUCUACAAAGUUAAAGUUCCUGAGCUCAAGGAGAUCAUUGAGGGCUGUAUACGUAUGAACAAAAAUGAAAGGUAUACCAUCCAGGACCUGCUGGAACACUCCUUCUUUCAGGAAGACACUGGGGUUCAUGUUGAACUUGCAGAAGAAGAUGAUGGACUCAAACCAGCCUUGAAACUUUGGUUGAGGAUGGAUGAUAGUAAAAAGCUGCAUGGCAAAUACAAAGACAACAAUGCCAUAGAGUUUCUCUUUGACCUUUACAAAGAUAUUGCAGAGGAGGUAUCUCAAGAGAUGGUGGUACUUAAUUUUGUCUGUGAAGGGGACUACAAAAUUGUGGCAAAGGCUAUUCGUGACCGUGUGUUGGCAAUAAAGAGGAAACGAGAAAAGGUGAGACGUGCCCAAGAGGAGCUGAAGAAAAAAGAAGAUGAGAAGCAGCAAAACAUUCUAAAACUCCUUGAGCAGCUGAGAGAUUCUCAGAGCACCACUAUUUCUCCCACUGAUACCACCCCUGGAGCUACCUCCCUGCCAUCAAACUCGGAAUCCGCAGAGUCGGUAAACAGUGGCACAUUUCUGCCUGAGCCAGAGGAACCAGAGGCUGAUCAGCAUCACCUGUUUAACUUCAGACAAACAUGUUAUUCCUCUACUACAUCGGACUGUGAGACUGAUGAGUAUCUUAGUUCUUCUGGUUUGAUGGAGCCAGUGGACAUUUCCCUGAGGAAUACAAGUGAUACCUCUCAAGAGGAUCUUAAUAGCCCCCCAAGCACCCAGCCAGAGAUAUGUUUUCCAGGAAGUAUUGCCAUCAGUGUGAACACAGACUGCACACUUCCUCUUGGAAUUCCCAGUGACAUCGCCUCUCCUGUGGACAGUUAUGCAUCAGAGGCCUCAGGGCUGAGUGAUGGUUGUGAAGGCCAAUCAGCAGGAGAGCGUGGUGCUAAUUCGCCUGUAAAGAAGACACCUGGAAAACUUCUCAGACGUAAAGCAAGAUCCAGGCUUCGUAUUAUCAACAUCUCAGAUAAGAGUGAUCGAGUUGUAGAGUGUCAGCUGCAAACCUACAAUGGAAAGAUGGUUACAUUCAAGUUCGAUCUAGAUGGAGACAAUCCAGAGGAUAUUGCAGCAGUCAUGGUGAACAAUGAGUUUAUUAUGCAGUCAGAAAGAGAAAGCUUUACCAACAGGAUUAAGGACAUCAUCCACCGUGUGGAGGCUUUGCUAAAGAAAGAUGCUAGUGGAGACAGAGAAGAUGAGGCGGAUGGUUUAGUUACUGUGGAAAGCACGUUACCUCCCAAUUUUCAGACUGAUCUUCAACUUCAAGAAUUAUCCCGCUCCUUCUCCUCCUCAUCUCUGAGUGAUUUGACCUCUACGAGUCCAAGCAAAGGAACUGUCUCCCCAAGCCUCUUCAAUCAGGGUAGCCCCAUAUUGGACAAUGAUGUAUUUGCAGCUGCACCUGUUAUAAGUGUUCCAGAUCUUCGACAAAAAUCCAUUCUGCCAUCCAUGACCAUAGGUUCUCCAGUGGCUGCAAGUAGAACUUGGCCAUCUUUUGAAACUACAUCUAAUCCUGCUGUACCAUUUUCAACAAGCUUUUCCAUGCCAUCUUCCCACACCUUCCCACCUGCAGCUUUCAGUUCAGCGCAUAGCAGUAGCUACCUAUCCUCCCUACCACAACAUAUGAUGCCUUCGUCUUCAGUAGGACAUGUGAACCCUCCAAAUACAUUGCUUCCCAACAUGAUGACUCCUCCUGUUAAUCAUGGGAAUACCUUGCAACAAAUGAUGCAAAAUGGAAUGGUGCCACAAACUAUGAAUAGUGCUUUUGUUUCUAAUGUCCCACCAGCUACCCAGUGGUCUCCAACCACACCCAUGUUUUCUUUGGCUAAUGUAUUAUCUUUGGCUAUGAGCAUGGCUCAGACUUUGUUACCAGUGGCAUCAACAGCUACCACACAGCCUCAAGGAAUCCCUCAUGGAGGAACUAUCUUUCCCCAGCAAAUGUCUGGACAUGCUCAGCCCCCUCUGAUGUAUCCAACAAGUUAUUCCCAACCUCAAAGUCCAGUCAAGGACUUUCAAGGACAGUGCCCCUAUGUAUUUCCUGAAUCCACCAAUAGCAGCGGAAUGUUUCUUCAAAAUAUGCCCGGACAACCUUUUUCUAAUAUGGGAGGCACUUUCUCUCAGGCCUUUGUGAACCCAGAUUCAGUACCAGACAGCAGAAUGUUCCUUCACCAAGUGCCACCUACCAACAUACCAGGAUACCCUACGAAGCUUCCCCAACAGAUGGAAAUUCCAUCUUCUCCUGGCAUUGUGGCAAACUUACCAGAACUGCAGCCAGGUAUAGGAAGCUUCAGUGAGACAUCUUCAGCUCCAACUGGAAAUCAGAGUUUGGAAACUACUGGAUGUGUGGUGGGACAGGCCAUGAACCAAUCUGCACCAUCCCUAAUCUCUAAAUGUGGUCCUCCAUCACCUUCACCACAAGCAAGUCUCAUGCCUUCUUGUAAAAUCUUGGAUGAGGUCCAACCAAAAGUUGUUGGGAGAUUUCAAGUCACAACUGCACAAGAACCCACAAACUGUAAUAAAUCAUGGGAUGUGAACAGCAGCCUUGAUAUAUCUCCAAGAUCAGACACCACCCCAGAGCUGUAUGAGACGGCUUCAUCAGACACAGAUUUUAGCACAGAUGAGGACACAGAAGGAAAUAUAUCAGAAUCUGAAAGACUCACCCCCAGUGCCAAUGUAGACUCACCUAUGUGGGACCAUGCUAGGCAUCUUAGCUGCUCAGAAUCUGGGGUUUGUGUCCAAAGCUGUGGGGGUCAAUAUUCUGGUGACAUGAAAAGCUUGACCCCUGUAAGUAACAUUGUAGAAGUAUCAGAGGGAUGUAUAUGUGUUUUCAAUAACAACAACCCUACAGCAGAAGAUGAUUGCAAGGACAUCACUGGCAAUGAAAAAUGCAUUCACAAUGACCAUGUUAUGAAUGAGGAAAAUAAUGCAGACAGCAUUUUAGUUUCAGCAAACAUGAAAAGUGUUGAUUCUAGCUCUUCUAGUGAAGAGGAAAACCAGGAAAGGACACCCCAGCAGAUCUCCACAGUUCAGGUCUGGCUGCAUUACACCAGAGGUAUUGCCUAUCUCAGCAGUGAUGAUACUGAGAGUGAAGAUGAGGAGAUAUUUGAGGAGCUUCAACAGCUAAGACAGAAACACAUGUCUGAAGUUCAGGUCUUACAAGCACUGCAGAAGAAAGAGAUUGAGGAGCUGUAUUCUAAGAUGGGAAAAGUGCCUCCUCCGGGUAUUGUGUCUCCAGCAGCCAUGCUGUCCAGUCGACAAAGGCGUCUAUCAAAGGGCAGCUUUAAUCCAUCGAGGAGGAACAGCUUGCAGAGAUUAGAGCUUCUACCAGCUGCUGGAAUCAGGAAGAACUCACUUGGAGGAAGCAGUACCGGAUCACAGGAACAUCAUCCAAAUAAAGCAGUCACAUUCACAGGAGAUGUCACAAAAAUGAUAACUACUGGAGGAUUUUACAGUGAAGCAUGUGAUCAGGAUAAUAAAGGAAAAGUAAAGUAAUGCCUUCAAUAAGAAAGACUUGAACUUAAAUUUUGGACUACCUCGAUGGUUGUGGUUCUGCCAAGUGAUGUCUUCUUUGAUUUAGACUUUUCAAGCAAGAUAUAUAUUGACCGAUGUGGGAGAAUCCUCUGAAAGCCUACACAAUGAUUUUGCAGAGUAAAGACUAGUCUUCUGGCUUGGUGGAUACUAUAUAUAAAAUAGAUAACUGAAACCCUAGCUGCCAUAGUAACUGCUAGUUUGGACAUCUCUAUCUUUUUACCAGCUACUUGGGCGCAUGUUAGCCAGAGAACAUGGCCCUAAUGGCUACAGCUUGAGUUGUACAAAGGAUAACCUGUAGUGGAAUGAGAGUUGCAUUAUAUAGUGUUUAGCAGAAAAUAUUGUUGCAUUUAAUCAAAUGCACUUGAUUAUGAGACUGUAAGUUACACAACAAUGCACUUUGGACUUGGAAAAAAGAAAGGGGAAAGCCGCUUGCCAACAUUUUUGCCAUUUGGCUUUUUCACUUGAAACCAUGAAAACAAUGAAAAAGCAUCAUUAUAUAAAGCUAUAGCAAUAAAAUAACUGAACGUGGAAGAUUUGAAUAAGAGCAAUGCUGACAGACUGCUAUGAAUGUGAACCCCAGAAUUUUACCUGAAUAUUGCUCAUCACAUCAAACAGAAUUUAAUGAAUAUCAUUACAAAUGUAGCUUGCCUAUAACCUGACUGUCUAUGGUAUCUAGUAUAAACCAGCAAUGGCUAAAAGGACCAAGUAACCUAAAACACAAGUUGGAAUGUAUAAAAUAUUGAUUGAUUGCAAUUUUAUAGAUAUCUAUAUAUGUAUUUAAGAUUUGGGAGUUUGUUAGAACUAAGGAUAUUUGAACUAAAGCUGUGAUUUGAAUUGAUUAUGUCCUACUUACUGCUGUCUUUCUGUCUAGUCAUCAGGGGUGUCACUAGUGCCGGACACUCAGGGCAAGUGCUGUGUAUCUCUUGUGGGGUACCUAGGGUCACCAACUGGCUGCUACAGUUUACACUGCAACAGCCAGCAUCUGUCCCCACCAGCUGCCUGUCACUAGCUGUAAACAUCAGAGCCAAUGUAAGCUGCCACGAGGCUUCUCCUCAGCUCUGAUGUGUUCCAUGACACAACAACAUGAGGGGAGUCCUGGGAAGAAGGAAAUCUCCCAGAUUUGAGAUGCACUGUAUCUGAGGUCUGUAAGUUACAGGGAGAGAGGGGGAAUUGUACUAGGGGGUACACAAUGAUGAGGUAGAAGGGAUUUACAAUGAUUUGUGCUGGGAGGAAUGAUUUGGAGGGGGAAAGAGAGAAGUUGUUCUGGGAAGAAUUUGGAAGGGAAAAGGAUUUGUACUAGAAGGGAGGAUUUGGGGGGAUUUGUGCUUGGCGGUGGAAGAGGAUUAAUGCUGGAUUUUGUUAGGGAGUAGUGAUAUUUUUCUGAAAGGGAAAAGUGGGGGAGAAUAUUGCUUGCGGGGCAAAGUGUACACUCUACUGAUCCCUACAAAGCAUUACACAGCCUUGACUCCUGCACUCUUUCGCUUUGUACACCUGAUCGCAAUUGUGCAUUACACUCCCCUGCAUUCUGUACACUACAUACUCUCUGUGAGUUAUGUGCUUCUAAACCCAGAACUGACCGCAGCACUCUGUGCGUUAAAUAUUUCUGACCCUCGAACUCUUGACAUCACACACCUCAGGCCCAAGCACCCUGUGCAUUACACACCCAUGACUCCUGGAAUUCUGCAAUAUGUGUUCCUAAACUUGACACUGACUGCAGCACUCUGUGUUACGUGCUCAUGGCCCUUGCACUCUGUGCAUGGCACACCCAUGCACUCUGCCUUACGGACUUCUGCACUAUACACACUAUGUGGUACAUUACAUAGUCCUCACCAAAGUGUCCAUUGUCUUAACAGUUGUAGUCCUUACUAUUUUAGUUCUUCUUUAAGGUAGGUUCAGACAUAGUGCCACAAUUCUUGUACAAUAUUAGCAAUGCCCCCUGUUAGUCAUGCUUAUGAAGAACACUGCAGCCAGCCUCUCUUCAGCUUGAAAUGAUUGAUUAAAAAAAAAUGUGUUUUCAUCUUUGCAGAAUAUCUCAGUUUAAUGUAAAUGAUCACAUAGGUCCCAAUUCAAAGUAUUUUCAUUCUCGUGCAUUAAUGAUGAACUUCUGUGAAGUGUCUACUGAUGACAAAGAGUUAGUGAUAAAAUAAUGGUGGUAAUAGUGAAAAAAAUCUGAUUCAUAAGCAUAAUAGAAGUAUUCAAUAGAUAAAUGUUUUGCAAAAUGUAUUUUUGUGAGUUGAACAUUAUGAGAAAUAACAAAAAAAUGUACAAUAGAUUUUGCAGUUGUGUGAAUUCAUGCUAUAUUUUUUGCUAUAUUUUUUUAAGAUAUGGGAAUGUAUACACUGAUAACAAAUUAUAUUUUGUUGUUGCGUAAAGCAAUUUGUGUUUUAGGUUUAGAGGUCUUUUGUCUUAAAGUGAACUGUUUAUUUGCCCAUUAACAGAAUGUAAAAGGUAUGCUUAACUCCUUGACUCUCCAGACCAGACAUCUUUCCUUCAUUCCCCAUCAUUUCGUUUAGCCACUGGGAGCAAAGUGAAACACCCAACAUCAUGGGACUAAGUGGAAUCACUUCACUUGGGGUUCAGGGAUGAGCAGAAUGAUUUAGGUGAAUUUGAGUUUGCCACAUAUUACAAAAAGGUGAAAUUUUGCUGAAGACGGAAUCGUCAUUUUUUUUUAGAAAAUCUACUUUUAAGUUCCCAAUAUAAAAGGUGUGUUUUUUGGGUGUAUUUUGGGUAGUUUUAUUUUUUUUAUUUUUUUUUCAUUUAGUAUUUUGUACUUGUUUACUGUUGUUUCAAAUUGUUAUAACAUUUUAUCAAAAGUUUUUUUUCUGUCUUUCAAAAAGAUUGUAAUAAGUAAGCUAAUUAGGGGUCAUUUUUGGCAUAAGAACAGGUAUUGAGGGCUUCUGUAACCCUCAGGAGUCAUUGAAAAGUCACAAAUAAAACCACCAAAACGUUUCCUUUUCAAUGAACUCCAAUGACGCUGAAGUCCCCUAAUUUUUGUAACAAAUUUUGUAACAUUAUUUGUGAUUGGCCCAGUGCUAUUACAUGGGGCCGGGAAAGAAGGCCAUGGUCCUUUUUUAAGUUUUGACAAGUUCCCCAAUCAGAAUGCCAGGAGGGCAAGGAAAGGCAAGAAUUGCUGAUGAGAAGGAGGGUUAAGUGAACCUUUUACUUCACUUUAACUUUGUCUGUUGCUGCAAGACCCAAAACAUACCAAAUAAUGCAGGAGUUCUUGAAAGUAUGCUGCUUGCUUCUUUGUAUUGCUGUAAAAGAUUAGCAUUGUAUAAUGUAAAAUUAACUUGUUCUUGUUUUACUAUACAAAAAAAUAUAUAAUUUUAUAUUGCCUUA